UGCAAAUAUAUGCGUAGUAAAAUGGAAGGAAAAUGUUUCCGUUUUGGCAUCAAAUAAAUAUUCAGAUCUCUUCAUAGUUGAUGAGAAAGAAUGCAUAUCGGAAGGAAUAUUUGCAUUGCUACGUUAGCUGCAAAUAAAUAAAUAAAUCAGCUGCAAGAAACGACCGAUCACAACGUUUGUCUUCUCCGAUUGGAAUUCCGAUCGAGGAAAGGCUAGGGAUGGAUCAGAUAUUGGGGAAAAUGGGCUCUUAUUGGGUCGGCCAGAAAGCCACGAAGGAGCUCAGUUCCGUCGGCGAUGACAUCAACUCCAUGUCAAGCAGUAUAGAAGGAGGAGCCAAAUGGUUGGUUAACAAAAUUAAAGGAAAAGUUCAGAAGCCAUUACCAGAGUUGCUUAAGGAGUAUGAUUUACCGAUCGGCAUAUUUCCUCGGGAUGCCACAAACUAUGAGCUAAACGAAGAGACCGGAAAGCUGGCUGUGUAUAUACCCUCUAUAUGUGAAGUGUGUUACAAAGACUCAUCUGUUUUGCGAUUCAAUACAACAGUAAAUGGGCAUCUUGAGAAAGGGAAGCUAUCUGACAUUGAAGGAAUCAAAACAAAGUUUGUGAUUUGGGUCAAAGUCUCUGCAAUCUCCUCUGAGAACUCCUCUAAAGUCCUUUUCUCAGUUGGUAUGAAGAAAUCAAGAAAUAGAGAUGCUUAUGAAGUUAGUAGAGAUGGAAUAAGUGUAGAUAAGUUCUAAUUAUUAGUGACAUCAAACUGGAAAUGGAAAAUGUGUGAACUCACUUUUAAUUUAUGCACUAAAAAGCUCAAUUAUUUGGGUCUUGAAAAGCCUGAAAACAUUACUAGUAAUCCAAUUGUCGCAUUUCAUGAGGAUUUUUGGUUCAGUAUAUAUGUAUGGGUGGGCAUUUUGACUCAUGGUUCC